CUUACACCUUUCAAUCACGCCAUAACGUAUGAGCACUGAACAAGAUUGGGGAUUGUAGGAUUUGUGUUUAUAAUAUGGUUUUUCCACAAAAUCAAAAUCUGAGCAGCUUAUAUUAAAGAUAUUGACUUCAGCACAUCUUUAAUCACUAUAGCCAGCCCAUGUUUACUUAACCCAUUAGCAUAUUCGUCCUCUAACGAAUCUACAUAGAGAUUUAUUGGCCUACUCACACUGAAUAGUGUCUAAUUUAUCAUCCCAAUAUUUGUGAUUCAAAUUUACUUCAUUGCAUUUGUAAUCCUAGAAAAGACAAAACUUUCCAGUUGUAAAAGCACUGCACCUUUGUCUAUUGAGAUUCAAACUAGUCCCAC